AUGGAGAAAAAGGAGUCAGCUGGGGAGAGUGAAAGCGUGUCACCACCCGUAGAGGAGCAAUCAAAUACAUCAUCCCUACCCACAGUGCCUACAGCCCCGGUGGCCAGUACAGAGAGUGAGCGUCCUCAGAGACUGCGAAAAAAAAAAGAAAGCUGCUUUUGGAUUCUGGGGAUGAAGAGGACUUUAUUGAUGAAGAAGAGGAUAAAGUCAGAGGCCACCACAAAGGUCGAAAACCUUCCAAGCAAACAAAAUCAGCACCCACGGCCAAGAAGAAAUCAUGGAACUGGGUCUCUUACCUAGAAGAAGAGAAGAUGCCAGCAGCUCCUUUAAAACUCUUCAAAGAGCAUCAGUCUUUCCCUCAGUCACGGAAUGGAUUUAAGGUGGGAUACAAACUUGAAGGGAUAGAUCCUGAACAUCCAUCUUUAUACUGUGUCCUAACUUCAGUCGAGGUCCAAGGUUACCGAUUGCGACUACAUUUUGAUGGAUAUCCAGAUUGCUAUGAUUUUUGGGUUAACGCUGAUUCCGUGGAUAUACACCCAGUGGGAUGGUGUGAGAAAACUGGACACAGACUUACUCCCCCUAAAGGUUAUAAGGAUGGAGAGUUUAGCUGGCCUUCCUACUUAAAGCAAUGCAAGUCACAAGCUGCUCCAAAGACCUUAUUUAAAAGUUAUAACACGCCAGUAACGCCAUCUGGCUUCCGUGUGGGUAUGAAACUGGAAGCUGUGGAUCGGAAGAAUCCAUCUUUACUGUGUGUGGCUACAAUUUCAGAUAUUGUGGAGAACAGACUACUUAUUCAUUUUGAUAACUGGGACCACAGUUAUGAUUACUGGUGUGAUGCUAGCAGUCCAUAUAUCAGACCUGUUGGACAUUGUAAAGAACUUGGGAUACCUUUGACUCCCCCACCAGAAUACAAAGACCCAAAAAGUUUCUCCUGGGACGCUUAUUUGGAGAAGACAGGUGCUCUGGCAGCCCCAUCAAGAGCCUUUAAAUUGCGCCCUGCACAUGGCUUCCAACCACAAAUGAAACUUGAAGCUGUAGAUAAAAGGAAUCCCAUGUUAAUUCGGGUCUGCACUAUUGUUCAGAGAGAGGAAAACCGUCUUAAGCUACAUUUUGAUGGCUGGAGCUCACUCUAUGACUAUUGGAUAGAUGCAGACAGUCCAGAUAUUCAUCCAGUAGGUUGGUGUGCAAAGACUAGCCACCCUCUUCAAUUGCCGACAGGUGUUGGAGACGCAGCUGCAAUUCCUGGACAGGGCUGUCCCAUCCCUGGUUGUAAAGGGAUCGGACAUGUGCGGGGACCACGAUAUGGCACACACUAUACUGCUGUCGGAUGUCCCUAUUCAGAGGUGAACCUGAACAGAGAAAGUUUCCUGCAGGACCGUCUUAGUGGGGAGCGGCCACUGCCAGCAUACAGCACAUUGAAACCCCGAAGGCCAGGUACACCCAAUCCAACACCUGACCUUCAGGCGGAUUCUCCACAGUCCAGAAAGUCUCCAACUCCUACAGAGGAGCAAUUUGGUAAAGGCAGCAUGUGGGAAAUGGCAGAGUGGCUGGAGGACGAAGCAGAAAUGAAACCACAAAUUAAAAAGGGUACUCACACAUAUAUCCGCCUACAGCUGAUUAAACAGGACACAGAUGGCACAGACUGUGAACUAAGCUUGGAGCAAGCGCUUCAUGAAUCAGUGUUUAUGACAUCCUUGUCCCCUGACCCUGGUCAUCGAAUUCACCUGUGCUGGGAACAGCAGUGCCACCUGCUACCUGAAGUGUCGGCAUAUAGUGCAAAAACUGUAACCAAGUGGACAGCUGAAGAAGUUGCUCAGUUUGUCCAGCAGCUGCCAGGCUGUACAGAACAAGCCUCUGUUUUCAAAGAAGAGCAAAUAGAUGGCGUGGCUUUUUUACUGCUUACUCGUAAUGAUUUGGUGAAGAUUUUGGGGCUGAAGCUAGGUCCUGCUCUGAAGAUCUACAACUCAAUCCUUAUGUUCAACAACCUGGAACAGAAUUAA